GUUAGAAAUAAUAUUGCUCCUUACAGUUUGCUGGGAGAAGAUGAUGUUUCCAGAAUGAAGCAGCAAUCCAAAAUAGCUUUCAUACAGCUGGUGGAUCAUUUGCUGAAUGGUGGGGCCAGGUUUCUGGAGAGGUAGUGGGUUUAGGUGUCCUGAAAGAAAAACAAACUUCGCUUUUCCCUCUGGUUUUGAGUGUAGCUUAAAGUUCCUCCUUAACUGGUGUGAUCACAUUGCACUAAAUUCUUACCUAAAGUUUUUUGCUUUUAGAUAGGUAAUUUAUUUUGGAAGUAAAAUUCAAACCGGCAAGAUAUCACUUUGUAGAGCAUUGGCAUUAAUAGUACAGUCUGCAAAAAAUGAAACUGAGUGGUGGUGUUAGAUCGUUAUUUAAAAACCAAAGGAAAUGGGGCUAAGGAGAAGUCUGCAAACUUAGUUAUCGAUGCUACAAGGAUUGAUCAGGUGGGUUACGUUUAGAAGCAUUAGAAUAUGGAAUUGCCGCUAAGAAUUGUUGCUGCUUGAACUAGUUAGUAAUGAAAAUUCAACAUAUGGGAUUUGACAUUCACACCAUUUUCUUGUCACCUGUUUGUUGCACAUGUUGUGCAGAUUUACAGUUGCGAUCUUGACUAAAUUUAUUCUCUACAAAUUUCCCUUGAGGAGUAGGAGCAGUAUUACUGCUUGUAGUACAUGUUUCAGUGUGCUGUUAAGAUGGAGAUUCGUUACUUGGGUAAGUACAACAGGGUUGUGUUGUUAGGUUAAGAAGUCUUCUAAAAAUGUUUUUUCUUGCUUUUUGAACCUUUUAAAAGUUUGCUUUGUUUCUUAUAAUAAGAAUAACAAUAAUUGUUUUCUUGGUAUUGUUUCACAGUAAUAAUAGCUUAAUGGUAAUAGCUUGUGGUAAUCAUGAAACACUUGGACAACCUGUUGGGUGCACUGUUAAUUACCAAAAUGUUGAAGUAUUAAGGUUUUAACAGAACCAGGUUCCCCCAAGAAGAGCUUCUGUCAUUGUUUCACUACAGGGCCCAGUAGCUGCUCUUAUCUUUAGCAGAGAACUUACAGCAGGGUUGUCCCUAAUUUCUUUAGAAUAAUUGUAUCUAUUUGUCAGAGCCAAACUGCUGAAUGGGAGGAAACUUCAAUAGUCUGGGGUUUCAGGUUCCAAUUCAUGCUCAAUUUGGAUACAUUAAAGUUAUCCUUCGAACAUUUGCCUAUAUCCAGUCAAAACUGGACUGCCUUCUGAAUGAGCAAAGUGCCUUUUUGGAUUUCAUCACUUGGAAUGAAAGAUGAGUCUUUACCACCCUCCCCACAGUGAUACACCUGUGCUGUCUCCUCUGAAGUAUCAGUGCUUUCUUGUACUGAUACACCUUUUCAGUCACAUUGAAAUGAGAAGGGAGGUCUGAAAAAGCACUUAGCUUGUCCACAUGUAUUGAUGAAAAUUACCAAAAUGGAGUUAAACGUUUUCCCAAACUUUAAAAUUCUGAAUUGAACUUCCCUGACAUUGGAAUGCUAGUGGAAAUGGCGUAGUGGUGGUCUCACUAAUAAGCAUUGUGAUGGUUAUAACUGAGAGGGGUGCUUAUUGGAUUUCAUAUCGGGGCUUUUUGCUAUCCUUCAGGAGUCUUGCACAUCUGGCACAAUUUCUAACCUUGUAGCCUGUUCAGAGACAGCUUAUUGUCCUGUGUCAGAAUACCUUCUAAUAACCAUCAGAAUGCACUAGUGCAGGUGAGAUGCUUCUCAUCUCCAGUUGAUACAGUUACUACCAUUUAACCAGCUGCUACACCUUUUAUGUUCAGAUGGAGGGGAGGGGCAAAGAAUAUUUCUAAUUUACUAAACAAAAUCAGUUUAACUCCAGGCCUGAACAAUUUGUAUGUUUGCUCAGAACUAGCCUUCCUGUUUGGGAGAUGGGGAAACUUGCUAUCUUAGUGGAGUACAGCUUGACCGUUCAGACAGUUAUUGGAGGGGGGAGUGGUAAGCUGUUUGAGGUAAGUUUCCCACUCUUCUAGUUCCGCACCAGUUGCAGCUUGCUUUGUGCUGUCAGAUACUGGAUGUGGGUGGGGAAUCUUUCUCUGUAGUGGAACCAAUGACAGAGGCUGUUCUUUAGAAUUUUCAGGAUGGCUGUAUUCUGCGAUCAGAAUGAGACAGUCAAGCUGGUCAGAAUCCAACGCCAAGAGGAAAGGUAAGGUAAUGUUUAUUCAAUGGGAAUGCUUAAGACAGCCGAGCAGCUAAUACCAAUUACUAUGGUAAUAAUCGCAGGAGUCCCUUUUCCCAUUUAGUUUAAAUUAAAAUUUUAAGGCUUUAACUCCAGUUUUGUAAAGAACUUUGGAUUUUUUUCAUUAAACUUCUUCAAAUGGAAUGUUUUGAAAUGUAAAUGCUAAAUAUUGUGACUUCUUUUUCCUCUUUCAAAUUCUUUAAUCUGCUGUUUCCUCUCUUUUUUUUCUUUUGAAAUGUUUUUUUUUUUUUUGGUUCGGUAUAAUGUAAGCCUUGUCUUUUAUCUCAUCACGGGAGAUGCUGAUUCUAUAGAACAGUGCUGAAAAAUUGCACUUAAAAGGUUUUGGGAGGAAAGAGACCCCAGGAAACAUCUGCUAUCUUUACACACCUUCCUUUGGAGACUUUCAGCAGUGCUGUGGGGUGUGAGAAAAUGCAUGCUGUGCUGCGAUCAUGCUGAGUUACAGCUCGUGAGGAAAAGGGGGGCUUUUGACUCCCACUACUCAGUGACUCAGUUGUGUGUGUUGGAUUGAAAACAGGAAAAGAAGCCAAUCUUCUCAUUAGUAACUGCAAACCAACUGUAUACAGUUGUGGCCAAAACAGUUGAUGUAAAGCUAAAUGUAAGUGAGGAAAAAGCUGGAAUACAGUAGUUCUGUGAAUGUGAGCUCCUCACAUUUGAUCAGGGACUAGUGUGUAAAUUUCUCAAUGGGCCAUUCCAGAACCUGAUGGACAUCUGGCUUUAAUUCGCACUUCGAAAGUGAAUAAGCAAAACUAUAUACAGCAUGUUUCCUUGGUUCUGGGAUACAGAAUCAGCCACUUCAGGACAAAUGCAUUCAGCCUCCAUUUUUAUCUGUUGUUCGGUGCUGGGCUGUAGCUGCUGUUACCUUUGCUGAAGUAGUGCCUUUUUGUUUUUCUUCCUUGCUCACGCUAUGCAGAACUCUUAUUUGCAAAACCUGUUUUAGCCAAGAGGACUUCAACAGACUGUGAAAGGCUUUCCAAAUCAUUUCUUUGAUCUCACAUUUUUGGCAUUUUGUUGUGUUGUGGGCAAAGGUAAUUCUCAGCUCUGUAUUAAAGUACCAACGUCUAACCGUAUAAACACCAACGUCUUUAAGGAUCUUUGUUGAAAAGCCUUCUUUAGGGAAUCUCCAUUUGUUAGCUGUGAGGCCUUACUGUAGCAUACCUCUUAAACCAAAUUUCAGAAUCCAUGCACCCUCAGGAGCCUGCCUGACUAGCACCUCAAGUUUCACUCCCUCUCGGACUUUGUGAACAUAUAUCAGGUUCUGUUUUUGUAUCUUUAAUUUUGUGUGUGUAGUUUUAACUUAGUUUGUGUCAGAGGCUAGACUGUUAGAUACUAGCCUUUUAUAAUUCUCUUGUAUGUUCAGAUUGUAUGUUUAUGCGAUGCUCUUCCUGUUGUACAGUGUUUGUGAAAUGUUACCCAUUUUAACAUGGCACUUAAUUGUUUUUAAAUAAAAGACUGUUAUUUCGCAGUUGAUAGUAUUUAAUAUUGCUGAUGAAUGUGAUUUAUAUGAUAUACUAUGCCGUUGACUAACACACAACUGGAGGUGGGAGUCGUGGUUCUUGGGGCUGUCCUGUCUUUCGGCAGGUGAUGAUUGAAAUAUGAUUCCUGAGGUAAACUAUUUUUGUUUUUGGAGGGGGGAGGCGGGUGGUGGGGCAAAGCAUUUUUUUUAAUAGUCUGGUUAUCACUUACCUGUGUUUUCUGCAUGUUCUUUUCUUUACUAUUAAACUGCUGAUGUUUAUUUUCAGGAAUGUUUUGCAAAUGUCCUUCUCACUCUUCCCCAGUACAACUGUAGGCGUUCGUUGUGAAACACCUUUUGGAAUACACACAGCAAAGUGAGUCCAACCUGCAGUACAGCUUGUUGUUGGUUUUUGGCAUCCUAAUGACGGAAAUAGUGCGCUCUUGGUCCCUGGCUCUCACCUGGGCUUUAAAUUACCGCACUGGGGUCAGACUGCGGGGAGCUAUCCUGACAAUGGCGUUCAAGAAAAUUCUCCAGCUGAAGAAUAUCAAGGACAAGUCUCUAGGGGAGCUUGUAAACGUAUGUUCCACUGAUGGGCAGAGAAUGUUUGAGGCUGCAGCAGUUGGCAGUUUGUUGGCUGGCGGCCCAAUCGUUGCCAUCCUAGGCAUGGUUUAUAAUGUAAUUAUUCUAGGACCAACAGGCUUCUUGGGAUCUGCUGUCUUUAUCCUCUUCUACCCGGCAAUGAUGUUUGUAUCACGGCUCACAGCUUAUUUCAGAAGAAAAUGUGUGGCGGCGACCGAUGAGCGUGUGCAGAAGAUGAAUGAAGUUCUUAACUAUAUUAAAUAUAUUAAAAUGUAUGCUUGGGUCAAAGCAUUCUCUCAGAAUGUUCAAAAAAUCCGAGAGGAAGAACGUAAAAUCUUAGAACGUGCAGGCUACUUCCAGAGCAUCACUGUGGGAGUGGCUCCAAUUGUUGUGGUUAUUGCCAGUGUGGUGACGUUCUCUGUCCAUAUGAUCCUUGGCUAUGAUCUCACAGCAGCUCAGGCUUUCACAGUGGUCACAGUCUUCAAUUCAAUGACAUUUGCUCUAAAAGUAACACCUUUCUCCGUGAAGUCUCUAUCCGAGGCAUCAGUGUCUGUUGACAGAUAUAAGAGUUUGUUUCUAAUGGAAGAGGUUCAUAUGGUAAAGAAAAAACCAGCCAGUCCUCACAUCGCGAUAGAGGUGAAAAAUGCUACCUUGGCGUGGGAGAACUCCCAUGCCAGUGUCCAGAGCUCACCAAAGCUGACCCCUAAAAUGAAAAGAGACAAGAAGGUCACCAAAGGCAAGAAGGAGAAAAUGAAGCUACAGCAUGAGGGACCGCAAGCGGUGCUGGCUGAGCAGAAGGGCCAUCUUCUAGUGGACAGUGAUGACCAUCCUAGCCCUGAGGAAGAGAACAAAAACAUCCAUCUAGUUAACUUUCGGCUUCAGAGGACUCUUUACAAUAUCGACCUGGAGAUUGAAAAGGGGAAACUUGUUGGGAUUUGUGGCAGUGUGGGGAGUGGAAAAACUUCACUUAUUUCAGCCAUUUUAGGACAGAUGACCCUGCUGGAGGGUAGCAUUGCAGUGAAUGGAAAUUUUGCUUACGUGGCCCAGCAAGCCUGGAUUCUCAAUGCUACACUUAGAGACAACAUCCUUUUCGGAAAGGAGUUUGAUGAAGAAAGAUACAACACUGUACUGAAUGGCUGCUGUCUGAGACCUGACCUAGCCAUCCUACCUAAUGGGGACCUGACGGAGAUUGGUGAACGAGGUGCUAACCUGAGUGGAGGCCAACGUCAGAGAAUCAGUCUUGCCCGAGCCCUGUAUAGUGACAAGAGUAUUUACAUCCUUGAUGAUCCUCUUAGUGCCUUAGAUGCACAUGUAGGAAACCAUAUUUUUAACAGUGCAAUAAGGAAGCAUCUGAAGUCAAAAACUGUCCUGUUCAUCACCCAUCAGCUUCAGUACCUUGUUGACUGUGAUGAAGUAAUCGUUAUGAAAGAGGGCUGUAUCACUGAAAGAGGAAGCCAUGAGGGACUGAUGAACUUAAAUGGUGACUAUGCGGUGAUUUUUAAUAGCCUGCAGCUGGGAGAGGCACCACACAUUGAGAUCAAUGUAAAGAAGAACACAAGCAGUUCAUUAAAAAAGCCCCAGGAUAAAAACAUCAAAGCAGGGUCUGUGAAGAAGGAGAAAGUGGUGAAGAAGGAGGAAGGCCAACUGAUGCAGCUGGAAGAGAAGGGCAAAGGCUCUGUGCCCUGGUCUGUUUAUGGCACCUAUAUCCAGGCAGCUGGAGGCCCCUUUGCAUUCCUGAUCAUCAUGGCACUCUUUGUGCUGAAUGUGGGCAGCAUGGCAUUCAGCAACUGGUGGCUGAGUUACUGGAUCAAGCAAGGCAGCGGGAACACCACCGUGAUGUUGGGAAAUGAAACUGCUGUGAGCAUCAGUAUGAAAGAUAACCCUCACAUGCGCUACUAUGCCGGCAUCUAUGCGCUCUCUAUGGGAGUCAUGUUGAUUGUGAAAGCUGUUCGUGGGGUUGUCUUUGUCAAGGGAACGCUUAGAGCCUCCUCCAGGCUCCAUGAUGAGCUCUUCCGACGGAUUCUUCGCAGCCCCAUGAAGUUCUUUGACACUACACCCACUGGGCGGAUUCUCAACAGGUUCUCCAAAGAUAUGGAUGAAGUUGAUGUCCGUUUGCCAUUUCAAGCUGAAAUGUUCAUUCAGAAUGUCAUCCUGGUGUUCUUCUGUGCCGGUGUGAUUGCUGGGGUCUUCCCAUGGUUUCUGGUGGCAGUGGGGCCCCUCACCGUCCUCUUCACAAUCCUGCAUGUUGUGUCUAGAGUCUUUAUUCGUGAGCUGAAGCGCCAGGACAACAUCACGCAGUCUCCAUUUCUGUCUCAUAUUACGUCUAGUAUACAGGGUCUCUCCACAAUCCACGCCUACAACAAAAGGCAGGAAUUUCUGCACAGGUACCAAGAGCUGCUGGAUGACAAUCAAGCGCCAUUUUACUUGUUCAGCUGUGCAAUGCGCUGGCUGGCCAUACGACUGGAUGUUAUCAGCAUCGCCCUCAUCACAACCACCGGCCUGAUGAUUGUCUUAAUGCAUGGCCAGAUUCCUCCUGCGUAUGCUGGGCUUGCCAUCUCUUAUGCUGUGCAGUUAACAGGGUUGUUCCAGUUUACAGUCAGACUGGCCACAGAAACAGAGGCUCGCUUCACCUCAGUGGAGAGGAUUGAUCACUACAUCAAGACCCUUUCUCUGGAGGCUCCAGCUCGAAUUAAGAAUAAAGCUCCCCCUCUGGACUGGCCCCAAGAAGGCGAAGUUGUCUUUGAAAACGCAGAGAUGCGGUACCGAGAGAACCUCCCGCUGGUGCUUAAGAAAGUGUCCUUUACCAUCAAACCCAAGGAAAAGAUUGGCAUCGUGGGGCGGACGGGGUCAGGGAAGUCCUCACUUGGAAUGGCACUCUUUCGUCUCGUUGAACUGUCUGGAGGCUGUAUUAAAAUCGAUGGAGUGAAAAUCAAUGACAUUGGUUUAGCAGAUCUCCGCAGCAAACUCUCAAUAAUCCCGCAGGAGCCUGUGUUAUUCAGUGGAACUGUGAGAUCAAACUUGGAUCCUUUCAACCAGUACAGUGAGGAGCAAAUCUGGGAUGCCUUGGAAAGGACUCACAUGAAGGAGUGUAUUGCUCAGCUGCCCAUGAAACUGGAAUCGGAAGUGAUGGAAAAUGGGGAAAACUUCUCUGUGGGGGAGAGACAGUUACUGUGCAUAGCCAGAGCCUUGCUGCGUCGCUGUAAGGUUUUGAUACUGGAUGAAGCAACAGCUGCUAUGGACACAGAGACAGAUGUACUGAUUCAGGAGACUGUCCGGGAGGCGUUUGCAGACUGCACUAUGCUAACAAUUGCUCACCGCCUGCACACUGUGCUGGGCUCCGAUCGGAUCAUGGUGCUAACACAAGGACAGGUAGUGGAAUUCGACACUCCGCCUGCCCUUCUGGCCAACGAGAAUUCGCGCUUCUAUGCCAUGUUUGCUGCUGCAGACAACAAGGUUGCUGUCAAGGGCUAAAAUUCAGGAUAAAGUCACUUGACUUGGAGGGUUCCACUCCCUGCCUGUGGCAGGCCAGCUCCUCCUCUUGCUUCUCAUUCUCAAAGCAGAUUAUUGCCUUUCCCUCUUUUUAAGUUUUAGCACAGUGGGUCAAACACGGAGACUUUUUAAAACCCUGUAAGAAUUCUUCCUGUUUUUAUUGUAUUUAUUCCAUAUUCAUAUUACUAAAUUUUUUGUUACUAAAUGCACUCUACAAAUGGCUCAGGGAGCCAUAGUUAUAAAUGUAUCAGAGGCCUAUAAUGAAGCUUUCUACAUGUAGCUAUAUCUAUACAUAAUUCUGUACAUAGCCUAUAUUUACAGUGGAAAUGUAAGCUGUUUAUUUUAUAUUAAAAUGAGCACUGUAUUAAUAACAGUGCAUAUUCUUUUCUAUAAUUUUUGUACAGUUUAUGGUACUAGAGAGCUGGCUUUAUCAGACUGUAUCAGACACCAUUUAGUCUUUACAGCUGGUCUUUUCAUAGUGCCAGAUUUUCUGCGUGUCUGAAUGGAAGUGAAGCUUUGCAGUAGUGUCCUUCAAUGUCCCAUCGUUGUCGUCCUGCACAGGGGGGAAGGGCUCUGUGGUGUAACUCUAUUGCAUUGUAACUAUUGUCAAAGCUGUUUGGAGCAUCACUAUUGUUCAUGAUGGCAGCUGCUGCUGCUACUUCCCAUGAUGCUUUCCCAGGGUAGCUUUUUUUUUCAUGAUCUCCUGAGUGGUUCAGGGAGAAGACCACUUCUGGGUCACAGGAAAGUUCCACGAUCACUCCGUGUCCUGGUGCAGUGAUGGGAAUGCAGCAGCUCUUUCUUGCGCAGUGUCCGGGGGCAAUAAUGGGAAUGCAGCACCAUUCCCUAAUGUAUCAAUGGAGAUUGGGUUUUGUUUCUGUUAAAAUAACCAACUCCUGCUUCGCUGAUCUAACUCAUGACCAGAAUCUAAAUGUUCAUAGAACAACCUGCAGUAAAACAAUUGCUCUCUGAAGUUCAAAUCCAAACCCUGGGUUGCUGGCAGAAAAGGCUCUUCUUUCCUGAGCUGCUCCAGCUGAAUCCUUUAUCUUGAAGCUGCUAAUGCUCUUUACAGGUUGAGGGUGGUUCUUAUUGGCAUACAUAACACUCACCCUUUGUGCUGUUCACUUACACUAAGCUUAAAAUACAUCAGCAUUUCCUGUUUUGGUCUUGCACACUUAUUACCUUAACACCCUGAAGUCUUCUGCAAUUUUGAACAGGUUCCUGCUGAUCAGGGUGUGACACUGGAAGGAAGUUAUUUUCUUACUGUAAAGAGACCUACCUCAGGUUGCUGAGUCCUGUGUGGUACGUUACCAUGAUUACUGUACACCAUCCCUGUUCUGUGGGCCCCGGAGCCCAGGUGGGCGCGGUCACUCCAGUUAUAGCCGUGACUUAUUGAAUGGUCAGCAUUGCAUGUCUUUGUCAACUUGGACAUUUUGUAGCCGUAGCAUGUUUGCAGAAUGUCUCGUCGAGGCAAAAAUCCGAAAAAGUGAAUAAAACUAUUUUGGGUUUUGUAAA